CUUAUGCUCAGGUCCUGAUUAUUGGCACUCAUCUAAACGCCUUCAGACGAGCAGAGAGAGGUAAUGCUGAUUCUCUAUUGGAGGGAUACAAGGAGAGGAUUAAGAAAGAGUUCCAGUACAGAGAUAAGAUUGCUCCUAAGAUUAGAGGUGUCUUUUAUGUUGGGUUUGGUGAUCCGCCAUUCUUCGGUAGCUAUCUUUCUCCAUUGAGGUAUGAGGAACUCUCAGAUAAGAUUCAUGACAUUGCCUGUUCUAUGGAGAUACCAAGAGAUUCUGACAUGCCUUCCAGUUUCUCCAUUAACCUUAUUGAUGAGAAGAUUCCUAAGUGUUAUCUUGAGUUAGAGGGAGCCAUUCAGACGUUGCUAGAGAAUAAUCCACACAAGCCGCUUUAUAAGAGGGACGCAUUCUGUAAACUGAAGGAAGUUAGGGACAUCAUUAAAGAUGAAGAUGAAGUUGAUGCUGCCAUGCAUUUCCUGCACAACAUGGGUAGUGUUCUUCAUUUUCCGAAGCCUAAUCUUGAGGAGUAUUACAUCCUCAGUCCCCAGUGGUGGUUUGACUCAUGUGCCCUCGUCAUAUCACCAAGCAAUGUCAACGAACUAAUAGCAGCUGGAGACGAGCCUGGUUCCGGGUUGUUGAGGUUUCAGAUGAUGCAGGUGAUGUUUUCAGAGAAGAAGGUUUCCUCAGAACAAGCAAAGCUCAUAUUUAGUUUCCUCCAUCAGUAUGGAGUCCUACUUCCUGUUGACAAAGAAACAGCUCUGGUACCCUCUAUGCUGUCUCCAAUACCAACUGUAAAGUUGUUUACUGGACAAGGUUAUUUCCCACGUAGCGUUAGCUCCUCCUCUUCCUCGGCCUAUUCUGAAGACAUCCGUAGCUUUUUUGACGAUCUCCCAGCUGCCCUUCCCUCUCUCUCCCGCAAACUACAAAUAAAAACAACCGGCCUUGUCUAUCGUCGUCUCUUCCUCCUUCCUCCCCUCCCGACCGGCUUCUGGAGCAAACUCAUAACCCUUUGCCUCCAGAAGAAUGAUUUCGUUAAAAUAAUAGUUUCAGUUGAUGAUUGUCUCCAAGCUUCCUUACAAGGUCACGGAGCCUUGUACAAUAUUGGAACGACUAACGUUCGGUGGAGAUACUGGAAGACUGGCCUCGUUUUUGACGUAGAUCACCAGCUGCUGCUGAGCAUCAACAGUUUAAAAAUGGACGAAUUUAUUGAUCCGAUGCAACGUGCUGUCAUAUCGGCCACUUAUGAUAAAAUGAAACGGUUUCAUUUCGCCGACAGUAAUGGCGAUGUUCUUCCAGUUUUAGGAAGUACAGAAGUGAUUGAAGUGGUUGUUAAGGACAUAGAAUUGAGUUGUAAUGCUGGAUACGACAGAGCCGUGGGUCCAAAACUCCUCUCUAAAGCACUGGAGAUGAUUGACGAGGUUCUUAAAGGCCACUACGAGAAAUUAGCCGAAAACGGGAUCUAUACUGUUGGAGAAAUGCUCCACAUUGUGCCCUGCCCACUUUGCUUUGGAGAAAUCGAUACUCGCUCGCCUAAAAGUGAUCACAAACGAUUCGCUAAUCACCCGAAACUAGCUCAACGCAUAAGGACAUCCUCAGUUAGCAGAAGCUCCACUGGUAGACAAAAGAGCAUUCACCAGCGCUUGGGGGAAGAUGUGCUGAUAGUGUUUUCCAUUGAUCAGUGCAUCAGAUCAAGCAUGAAUGUGGAAUACAUUGAGUGUCCUAAACAUGGAGAUAUACAACUGGAAUAUUUAGUACCAGAUAUAAUGUUUAAGGAUCUUUCUCGUGUCAAGUUAGACCGGAACAUGUUACAUGAUCCUGUCGACUCGGGUAAUGGGGCGGGGCCAGUUGGGUGUGGCUGCUUUGGAGUCGUGUACCACAAAAGAUUGCAACUAGAGCAAUAUGAUCCUGAUAUUUCAAGAGAAGUGGCAGUGAAGGAGUUUAGAUCAUCGGAUAUGGAUUAUGACGCUGAAUUAGAAGUCGUUAAAUCAUAUGCUGAUAUGCGUUACGAGCUUAAUAAACUCUGUAUGAUGGAACAUGAUUUCGUCGUUGAAUUCGUUGGUCUUCUCACGAACCCUUGGUCGUUUAUUUUGGAGUGGGCCCCCCUGAUGAGUCUUGAAAAAAUAAGGAAGUCGUACGAGGAGCAGUUUAAGACCCAUAAACCUGAAUAUUAUUACUUGUGUCCUGUGUCACUCUAUCUUAUAUUGCUACAAGUUUGUGAUGGUCUUCAUUACUUGCAUGCUCCUCCCAUUGGUAUAAUACACAGCGACUUGAAGCUGAGCAAUAUACUAGCAUACAGGUUCCCAAAGAUGGAUCACAAUUGUUGCAGUAGUGUACAGGGUCGAGGUUAUUGUAGUGAGUGUCUCCCCGAACCUGGGCAUAGCUACAAGGUACUCGUUAAACUCGGAGAUAUGGGCGUGUCUGUUAAUCCAGCUGCUCACAAUCACGAUGCCCUGGGCGUCAAAAGAUUUGCACCCGAAGCUAGCAACACUAAAUUAACUGAGAAGGUUGAUAUAUUUUGUCUGGCUCUUGGUCUUUAUGAAUUGAUGACGCUGCGAGGUCUCCCGCCAAGAGGAUACUCGGAAAUUGAUUAUAAAAAUCAAUUGAAAAGAAAUUGGAGACCGUCUUUUCAUUUAAAAGAUCCUGCCUAUCCAAUCCCUCUGUACACUACUCUUGACCAGUGCUGGCAACAAGAACCUAAUGCAAGACCGUCUGCUAAAACAAUUAGGAACUAUCUUCAGAAAACAACUGGACUUUUAGUGAAAAAUCGGUUCCAGCUGCCAGCAAAGAACAUGUAUCAUUUACUUGACACGUUUCAAAUCAGUUCAGACUCCAACGUCACUCACGCUUGUAUCGUCCCUCCCUCUCCUCUUCCUCCUCCUCCCUCUCCUAAUACUCCCGUUGAAACAGAUCCUGAGGCGUCCAUAGCUUCAACUGUUUCUUCUCCCACCUCUUCUGUCAACUCAUCUUACAUGUCUCCAUUGUUGGUCUGUCUUGCUCUUAGACAAGAGGAAUCGUCUGUUGUUGUCAUGUGUGAAGCUGUAGGUAGCUAUGACAGUAACAAAGUUGUGAUGAAGAUGACACCAAUGUUACAAAAGAUACAGGAGCCAAUAGUCUCCUUGUUUUCUUUGCCGGAUAGAAGUGUAUUUGUCGGUCGCUCUGGUAGCUCUAUUCUCUAUAUUCAUGGUAACGAGCCGCCACUCCCACUCACCAUUUGCGAGAGGUGUCAGAACGGGAAGGUCAUGUUCAUCCGCUACUUCCAAAAGGACCAAAUAUUUGUUUGUGGUUUCUCAAACGGGGCAGUCCACACCUCUCAUACAUCCCAAAGAGAUAUGAAGAAGCCUGACAGCCUGAUUGGAUCUUACUGCGGAGAAUCAAAAAGUAUUAAAGGUGCGACUGCCUAUCAGAUCAUAUAUAGGGAAGGAGAGAACUUUGAGGUUUGGUGCGGCAGUAAAGACUCCUUCAUAGAGGUUUCGACCUUUAAUGUGACGAAUGUUAAAGCUCGUAGGGUACAAUCGUUGAGCCUAAAGCAUAAAACUUUUACCGUUCCGUCUUCUCUUGUUUCUUGGAUGUGUCUUACGUCAGACGAAACGAUGAUGUUUGUAGUUUUGGAGGAUUCGUUACGUCCAGGGGCCUGUUGCUUGUGUAGAGUGGGUGUGGUCGAUAAGGAGGUCUCCGGCUAUUGGACAUUUGGGAUCGAAAUCUCACAUUUCUCCAUCACCACAGCUGAUCUCUUACUAGGGACAGUGACAGGAGAAGUACUCAUCGUCCCAAUGAGCAGACUACAAAAGAACCAGAACUAUUUUGAUGCGUCUGCAGCUGUAAUGUCAAUCCCCUCACACAAGGGAUCUGUCCUUGAUGUAGCCAUUCUUGAGGGUCAUAUAGAACCAAAUGGGUACACGUCUUUUUUCUCGACUUUCCUUGGGAGACAGAGAGAGAGAAUGGAUGUGCCUUUCUUGUUGAGCGUAGGCCCGGGUUCUUUAGACUUUGGUAAGGUUGGUAAGAGUCAGAAAAGCGAAAAGGCCGUUACUGGAACGUGCAUUAACUUGUGGCUUGUUUAGUAUAGAUAGAUAAAUUAAAUUAUUUUGUGAAUUUUAGAGAAAUAUUAAAUGGAUGAUUUGUAUGUUUGUAUAUUAUCAUUAAUUAUUAUUAAUUAUAAUUGUUGUGAGUGUGUGACACUUCUUAUUAGUCUUACAAUUAAAAUUAUGAAACU